CAAGAAAAAGCAAGUCAGCUACUUUAAUUUUCUUUCAGCAAUCAUUUUGAGUAAGAACUAUUCGACCAAAUAUGGCUAACAUCAAGUCAGUUGUUUCACUAUUGCUGUUGGGUAUGCUGGUGAUUGUGCUGCAAAGCAGAGUGAUUGAGUGUCAGCAGGGGCAGACAUGCUCGGCAUCACUUGGGAACCUGAACGUGUGUGCGCCAUUCGUGGUGCCAGGGGCACCUAAUGCAAGCUCUGAGUGUUGUGCUGCACUCCGAUCAAUUGAUAAUGACUGCAUGUGCAACACUAUGCGCAUUUCCGCCCGCCUUCCCUCUCAGUGCAACCUUCCUCCCCUCUCUUGUGCUGCAAACUGAGUUUGAUGGAGUCCGUGCCUACCAGUUCCCGGUCAAUGGGCGAAUAAUAUCAUAGUUCUAAAAUAAAUAAUUUACUUUGUCCCUUCUAUCUUUUUUUUUUUCCUUUUUCCGCGGUGCUCUUUAUGCUAAUGUCGCUCCUCUGUUCUAUAACAGAGCAAGGUCAGGAAAGAGUUUGUAUUGUCAUAUGAAAUCAAUAAAACAAACACUUGAGCUUGCAAAUUA